GCGAUGAUUUGCAUCUUUCUCGGAGCGGGUUUGCGGGUCCAUGUCUGCGUUGUUCUCUUUCUACCACGUUGGCAUAGUUGUGCUUUUCCUUUGCACCACCCACCACACGCACACGGACCACCUUACUGAUGCCAACACACUAGCCUGUUCUGGGGAUCGGAGAGCCUCCACCCCGGCAUGCCGUCCGGUACCUGCUUUUAUACCCUUGACGACAUCCGAUUCCACACCACACCCGACUUGCCUCGACUUGUCAUUGUGAUGCACUAACCUGUCACGGGGUUGGUCAUUGAACAAUACUACGCCAGAAGGCAGUCACCCUAAUUCGACACACCUCACCUCCUACCUCUCCCUUGACCGACUCCUUCCACCUCACUCGCCCGCAGGUGCCUCAGGGUCUCGCCCAAUUCCCGCGCAAACAUCGCC